AUACAGAUUUUUUUCAAAUCGCGCCGAUUAUUCUCCUAGUUAGGAUGAAGUUUUGUUGAUUCCGUUUUUUCAUAAAGAAAAAAAGAUGUUUAACAAAGUUUUUCAACGUGCUUUAAAAUUUCGAUUAAAGAAGAGUUAUCCAACUAACAUUUACGACAUAUCUCGUGGAGCUGCGGUCGCCGUACGUAGACCAUACAGUGACGAAGUAAGACGUGCUCAAAAUACAGAUAUUUCAAAUGGUCCUACGAUUUUCGAUAAAAUAAUAUCGAAAGAAAUCAAAGCGGACAUAAUAUACGAGGAUGAAUUGUGUUUAGCCUUUAAUGAUAUAGCGCCACAAGCGCCCGUUCAUUUCUUGGUGAUACCAAAACGUAGGAUUUCACGUUUACAAGAUUCUGAGACUGGAGACCGAGAGCUCCUAGGUCACCUAAUGUUGGUCGCGAGGUCGCUAGGCGCUGCUCGAGCGCCCCAAGGAUGGCGCCUUGUCGUCAACAAUGGGGUCCACGGCGCCCAAAGUGUCUACCACCUACAUUUACACGUCUUAGGGGGUAGACAGAUGAAGUGGCCGCCAGGGUAACUUUUAUAUUGUUGGGGGUAAAGGUGAUAUAGGGGGUAAUGUUGACUUCGAAAUGAGUAAUACAGCUUUCAAAUGUUAAUGGUAGCUAUUGUUGAAAUAAUUACAGAUUAGUGAUUGUAUAAAGUUUAUUACUUGUAUUUGGCUCAAUUUAUAAAUAAAUAAAUAAAGUAUGUGACAACCUACCAUUUACAAGAUUA